ACUCCGUGUGGAGCAUCAUAUUCAUAUUUUAGGAAGAGGACCUGAGACAGACAAAGCUUCGAUCGUGGAGCAAUUGUGAGAGAGAGAGAGAGAGAGAGAGAGAGAGAGGUCCUGGUCGUCGGGAGGUGCGAGAGAUGGAUCGCGAGGGCCACGCUCCUGCCGAUGAUGAAGCCAACAAGAAGAAGACAUCCUCUACCCAUUCCGCCGAUUACGCUCCCUAUCCCACCAUCGAUCCAAAGGACGUCGAAGUCACCGCCCCUGCUCCCGUUCCCGCUGCCGCUCCUGCUCCUGCACCUUUGGCCGCCGAACAGGGUGGGGAGGAGAACUGGGCUACCUUCGUCAUGGGUUCUCCUUCCGACCCGCCACCUCCGCCAGCCAACCCUGACAAGUCCGUCACAUGGAGCUCCAAUUUGACGACAGAGGCUUCCCGUGAUGGCAACCCUGCCACCAUCCCCUCCUCCAAUCCUUACGUUUCCUCUUCCCCCGCUCCCGCUGGGAAGGGCGCAUUGGACUCCGUCCGCGAUGUAUUGGGACGUUGGGGAAAGAAGGUGGGCGAGACCACCAAAAAAGCUGAGGAUCUUGCUGGAAACGUAUGGCAGCACCUGAAAACAGGUCCUAGUGUUGCAGAUGCAGCUAUGGGGAGAAUUGCUCAGGCAACCAAGAUUCUUGCAGAAGGAGGCUAUGAAAAGAUUUUUCAACAAACAUUUGAGACACUUCCAGGGGAGCAACUGCAGAGGUCAUAUGCAUGCUACUUAUCAACAUCUGCUGGUCCUGUCAUUGGAAUACUGUACUUGUCCAGUGCAAAACUUGCAUUUUGCAGUGAUAAUCCUCUUUCAUACAAAGUUGGUGAUCAGACAGAAUGGAGCUACUAUAAGGUUGUAAUUCCCCUUCACCAGCUAAAAUCAAUCAGUCCUUCACACAACAAAACGAAUCCUGCUGAAAAGUAUAUUCAGGUUGCAUCCAUUGAUAACCACGAAUUUUGGUUUAUGGGCUUCGUCAAUUACGACGGUGCUGUUCAAAGCCUAGAAGAUGCCCUACAAGCCCAUCGUGCUCAGUUGGCCUGACCACGACCGUGCAGAUUUUUAUGUCUUGAAUUGUGUUAAAUCUGUUAUUUGAGGAUUGGAUAUGAAUCAUGUAAAGAAGCUGUUCUUUUUGCAAGGGUGCCAUGUUUGUGCAAGAAAGUUUUUUUUUUUUUAAUUCUUCCAUGUGCCAUGUGGACCUGAGGUGAACAUAGAAUGUAUAUUCUUGAAAUACUAAAUUUUCAAGAGGCAAUAAGCCCAGUAGAGUUUGUUUUGGAUA